AUGAUGAACUUCGGAGGAGACGCGACGCAGCACCAGGAUGUGGAUCCCGAGCCCGGAUGGAGUGGACUGUACGACCCCUGGAACGGGAGACGGAGGGAGACGGCAGAAACUUUCCCGGAGGACGAGCUCUACUACAGCAGAGAGAUCAGCGAUUACGAGGACAAUGACGACAGGCCCGGGCGACCAAAUGAAGCGCGUGAUGGUGGUGAGCAUGAGGUGUCAAGCCCAUCCCCUAUCCCCUGCCAAUCCCCACCUAUGAGGGGUCUAUCCCCUAUAUGGGGCCCAUCACCUUUGAGGAGCCCAUCCCCUCUAUGGGUCCCAUUUCCUGUAAGAAGUCCAUCUCCUUUGAGGAGUCCACCCACUUCACAGAGUCCACGCCACUCUACAGUUCCUCUUCCCCGACCUCACUAUCACGUUAACACCGAAGACAUAGUGCCUGGUCAGCCUUAUGCCCAUGUCAUCAUGGUUCUUCCAGUUCCACAGCAGGGCAGGAGGAGGAGGGACGAAGAGGACUUCAAUCAGGAAGCUCCUCCUAGUAGUAGGCGGCGUGUGGAUCCUGAUGGGGAGAGAGCCAUGGAAGAGCAUCAGGGGCGUCCCAUUCGUCUCCUGUGUCGCGCACAACAUUUUGAUUGGUCUGGCAGCGGCGACACUGUUGUAACCAAAAUGCGCACUCCAAACGGAGACACUCUGAUAUGCCUGAACUCUGAGCGCAGCCAAGAAGAAGCUCCAGUAGCCAUGCCGGACGCACCAGAAGACAGCCCGUGCUGCUCUCCUGUUUCAGAGGAACAGAAACCCAUGGUGAAUAAUGAAUCAGGCGUACUAGACGGAAACACAAAAGAAUUAACUGAGCCCGGGGAAGACAGGGAGCCGUGCUCCUGCCCCUCUCCAUCGCUUUCUAGCAGCCCCGCUACCCCUUACUUCAAGCGCAAACCCUACCGUACCAAGACUAGCAUGCAGGGUGAUGUCUACAAUUUCCUAGAGAGACCAACAGGCCUGAAAUGCUUCCUCUAUCACUUCCUGGUGUUCCUCAUGGUCCUCAUAUGCCUGAUCUUCAGUGUGCUCUCCACUAUUGAGCAGUAUGCAGAAUUUGCCACUGGGACAUUGUUCUGGAUGGAAAUUGUGCUGGUGGUGUUUUUUGGUACGGAGUAUGUCGUGCGUCUGUGGUCUGCAGGCUGCAGGAGCAAAUACGUGGGCAUCGCAGGGAGAUUACGCUUUGCCCGAAAACCCAUUUCCAUCAUAGAUCUAAUAGUGGUGGUUGCCUCAGUUGUAGUACUUAGUGUGGGAUCCAAUGGACAGGUUUUCGCCACCUCUGCAAUAAGGGGAAUCCGCUUCCUACAGAUUUUGCGUAUGCUCCAUGUGGAUCGUCAGGGAGGCACAUGGAGGCUGCUGGGAUCUGUAGUCUUUAUUCAUCGACAGGAGCUGAUAACGACACUGUAUAUUGGAUUUCUGGGUCUAAUCUUCUCCUCAUAUUUUGUGUAUCUGGCGGAGAAAGACACGGUGGAUGAGGAGGGGAAGACGGGCUUCUCUAGUUAUGCCGAUGCACUCUGGUGGGGCGUUGUCACUGUGACCACUAUAGGCUAUGGAGACAAAGUUCCUCAGACCUGGAUAGGGAAGACCAUAGCCUCCUGUUUUAGUGUGUUUGCUAUCUCCUUUUUUGCUUUGCCAGCGGGUAUUCUGGGUUCAGGAUUUGCUUUGAAGGUCCAGCAGAAACAGAGGCAGAAGCAUUUCAAUCGCCAAAUCCCAGCUGCUGCUUCACUAAUACAGACGUUGUGGCGAUGCUACGCGUGUGAGAAGCCAAACGGCUGUCCGGCUACAUGGAAAAUAUACGUGCUGAUGGGUGACUACAUGCCAGUUAUAAACUCGGAGAACUCCAGUCCUGGAAACUUUAGAAAACUUAACAGACGAUACAGACGGAGGCUGAAGUCCACACGCGAUAACGGUUCUCUGGGAAAUUCAGGAGAAAAAGGUCUGGCCAUUCCUCAGAUCACUUAUGAUCAUAUUGAUGACAAGGAGGAAAAGCGAGAGGUUCCGUUCAUCUUUGAGGAAUCCACAGGUACAAACAGAGGCAUCACCAAGAUGUUCAGACAGACAGGUGAGCACCAUAGCCAGCACUCAUGGUCUUCUUUCAAUCUUACAUGUCCUGCUUCUCCAGCUAAAAAAAAGCUUGAUGGACCUCCUGAUAUCUCACGCACCAGCAGCCUAGUGGAUGACAUGGACUUUGCCAGUGAAUAUAUCCCACUCCCCAUUGUGACGGAUGCUUCGCAACUCACUCAUGCACAUCGAUCUGCAAUCAAGGUCAUAAGGAGGAUGCAGUAUUUUGUAGCUAGACGGAAAUUUCAGCAAGCAAGGAAACCCUACGACGUGCGAGACGUGAUCGAGCAGUAUUCCCAGGGCCACCUGAACAUGAUGGUUCGCAUUAAAGAGCUCCAGAGACGGAUGGAUCACACAUUGGGAAAGCCAGGAAUGUUCCUGCCAGAAAAAGGUGUUGACAAGGAGUUCUACACUGUUGGAGCCAGGCUGAUCAGACUGGAAGAGAGGGUGCUUCGGAUGGACCACAAAUUGGAGAGUGUCCUGAAGAUCCUGGUGGAGCAGUUCCAACUCGAACCAGAGCUGCUUCAGACACCGAGUUACUGCAGCUCCCGUUUGACGAAACGCCAGAGUGGCAGCACAGAGAAAGGACAGUGAGAGAAACGGAAAGCAGAUGAGGCCUUUUGUCCGUCUCGGAGACCCAGACACAACAGUGCGCAGAGUCACACAAUCGCACAAUGGUUCAGCUACAAAGCCAUACACAACUGAACAAUGUGGCCAUCUCUAAAGCAAGCG